AUGGCCUCCUCCAAGGACUUGCCGCCCAUAACCACCCCAUUCUUUCCACGGCUUUUCAUCAAGAACCAAUUCCUUGCUAGACCUCAACGGCCACCCAAGGGUACUGACCUAUCUGGGAAGGUUGUUAUUAUCACCGGAGGUAACACAGGUCUGGGCUUCGAGUGCGCCCGACAACUUCUCUCUUUCAACCUCACACACCUGAUCCUCGCUGUCCGUUCCCCUCAGAAAGGAAAGGACGCAGCCAAAAAGCUCCACAUCACUUACCCAAAGGCGACCAUUGAUGUCUGGGAACUGGAUAUGGCCUCUUAUGAUUCCAUCCAGGCAUUUGUCCAACGAGCAGAGACCACGUUGUCGCGCCUUGAUAUCGUGAUUCUCAACUCUGGCAGAUGGGCCUACAAGUAUGGCACCAUACCCAGCACCGGCCACGAAGAGCUCUUUCAGAUCAACUACCUUUCGACAGUACUCCUUUGCAUCCUCCUGCUUCCUGUCUUGAGGAGUAAAGCCCCAGCAGGAACACCUGGCCGCCUGACAAUCGUCAAUGCAGCGCUCUCUCUCGUUGCCAAGUUCCAGAACAGGAACAAAACACCCUUGCUGCCAUCAUUCGAUGAUCCAAAGGCGUACGACAUGAGUGAAUCGUACAACACGUCCAAGGUCCUCGCGCAUAUGUUUCUCUGGAAGCUCGUGGACUAUGUAUCGGCAGACGACGUCGUCGUGAACUUGGCGGACCCAGGUUUUGUUAGGGGCACACAACUCGGGCGCGACGCUCCUGGUGUGAUAGUGUUUCUUGGUAACAUAUUUGCCGCCCUCACCGCCAGAAAUAUCCGGGAUGGCGCUUCAACCUAUCUCGAUGCUUGCCUGCUCAAAGGGAAGGAGUCUCAUGGAUGCUUUAUCAUGGGCUGGCAGAUCAAACCAUUUGCGACCAUGCUAUACACCCCCGAAGGAAAGGAAGUUACCGAGAAGCUGUGGCGGGAAACAAUGGACGAACUCAGCUUCGCCAAUGUGCAACUAGUGUUGGAGUCGAUGAAGAGACGUUGA